GGGAUGUUGUUUGUGACGGAUGUGAAGAUGGCGCUGUCCAGUGGGUUCUUGGGUCGGAGAUUUUUGCUUCUUUUAGCCCAGGAAAACGUGGAAUUCCGGCUCCCGGUCCCACCAUCGCUGGAAGACAGCCCAGUGAUCCAUAUCAUGUUUUUGGGAUAAGGAUGCCGAGCAACAGCUUCUUAAUGUUCAAAGCUACUGCGGGCGGAAAUGAACGUCGUUAGACGGUAUUUCUAGGAAAGUGAAGAAAUUAAAAUAUAGCAGGAAAUUAAAUCCUUGUUCUCACUUUGUAAAUGCCAGUUCAGUUGUGAAGAAAACUUUGAUGAGAGGUCUCCUUUCUGGAUCGUACGUAUUCCUUCCGAGGAGGUGGCAAAAGCAGUCAUGAGGCGGACAGUGUGUGCAAAGUCAAUAUUUGAAUUGUGGGGUCAAGGAAGAACACAUGAAGAACUGCAUAACUCACUGAGAAAUUAUCCUGUUGACAAAAUGGCCCCAUUCCUUCAGCAAGGUUCAACAUAUCAGAUAAAAGUUUAUGCAUUCAAUAAAACCUUGUCGCAUAAUGAGAGAAUUCAAAAGAUAGAUGAUUUAGGAUUUUUGCCAUUUCAAGGAACAGUGAAAUUAAAGGAACCAGAACAUGUGUUCUGGUUACUUGAAGACUACGGAACAGAUCCCAAUAAUGCCCCAGAGAAGCCCUUUCAUAUUUAUUUUGGAAGAUGGAUUGCUGAUGGUCGGAGGGAGCUAAUCAACUUGUACAGUGUGAAGAAACGUCACUUCAUCGGUAAUACCAGCAUGGACGCCUGCCUUUCCUUUAUCAUGGCAAAUCACGCUAAAGCAGGAGCCGACAGCUUGAUUUUUGAUCCAUUUGUGGGAACAGGAAGCCUUCUUGUUGCUUGUGCUCAUUUUGGUGCGUAUGUAUGUGGGACCGAUAUUGACUACAACAUUAUUCAUGGGCGUGGCAAGGCCAGUAGGAAGAACCAGAAAUGGAGAGGACCCGAUGAAAACAUCCGGGCUAACCUCCGGCAGUAUGGCCUGGAGAAAUUCUAUGUUGAUGUGCUCGUUUCAGACACUUCCAAAAACAUAUGGAGGAAGGCGAAUAUUUUUGAUGCAAUCAUUACAGAUCCUCCAUAUGGUAUCAGGGAAUCUACGCGGAAAACAGGAUCACAGAAAGGAAGUAUAAAACCAGCGGAAGAAUAUAUUGAAAGUCAUGUUCCAGUCUCCAUGAAUUAUCAUCUGAGUGAUAUUUUUAUUGACCUACUCAACUUGGCUGCAGAAAACCUGGUCAUGAAUGGUCGGCUAGUAUACUGGCUACCUGUGUAUAAACUUGACUACUCUGAAGAUGUUAUCCCUCAACAUCCUUGCCUGAAGCUUAUUAGUAACUGUGAACAGCCUCUUACAACUCACACAUCUCGACAACUAAUCACAAUGGAAAAGGUGAAAGAAUUUGAGGAUAAGGAUCGAUAUGCCCACCUUAAUGAUGGAAGGUAUAAUCCAUAUGUCGGCCACAAUUCAUUCCGUGAGAAAUAUUUCAGCGGAGUCAUGAAGAAGAUUUCUAAGGAGAAUAGAAAUACCCAGAACUGAGAAGCUCUGUUAGAGACUUUUUAAGUUAAUAAAUGUGGAUCCCUUUUAGUUGAUUGUCAUAGUUUCUUAUCUCAGGUAUGGAAGUAAUUAGUGUGAAAUGUAUUUUAAUAUUAAAUGACAAAAUAGAAUAUGCAUAAUCAGCUAAAAUAAUAAUUGUCCUUUUACAGGCAUUAAGUACACUUAGCUGUUAAGUGAGAAAGAUACAAAGUAGAAUGUAUUAAAAUAAUGACGUGUGCUAAAAGGACAAUAGACCAUAAGACCAAAGAAAGUUCAAAGUAAAAUUUAUUAUCAGUGUGUAUGUAUGUCACCACAUACAAACCUGAUAGUCAUUUUUCUGCAGGCAUUCUCAGCAAAUCUGUUGAAUAGUAGCUGUAAACAGGAUCAAUAAAAGAGCAAGACCAUAGAAGACAACGAAUUGAUCAAAUGCAACUAUAAAUAAAUAAAAAUAAAUUUCGA